UGCAUUUGAUAAACUCGAUUCGUUUUUUAUCAUCAAAAAAGUAUUCUAAAAUUUUUUUUUCCACAUUCGUGUAAAAAUGUUGAAAUUUUUUAAUUUUUCCAAUACAAUAUGGAUUUUAGUGAUUGUCUUAAAAAUAAACAUUCUAUCGGUAUCGUCGGAUCUAAUUGUCAUACAAAAAGGUGAUAAUUAUAGUUAUUUGGAGCAAGAUUCAGUCAUAAAUUUUAAUAGCCUAUAUGUCAUUACCAUUAACGAGGAAUUUUUGAACUACGAGGGAUAUUCUUCUGGUGAAUGUGACAUGCUUGAUUUAGCGUAUAGACCUUAUAUAUCUAAUUUAUCUGAUCCUAAUCAAUGUGCGGGAAUACUUCGUUACUGUUGGUUCAAAUCUGAAAGUGAUGCUCGAAAGAAAGCACAUAAACAUUAUAUGGAUGUUCUUUAUGUUCGUUUAAAUGCAGAAGUUUGGCUUAGCAGGGAAGGAAAAGAAGCAAUUGAUGUAGCCAAAAAUAUGUUAUACCAUACUGGUAAUAUUUGUAACUGUUUAUGUGAACGUAUUCAUAACCUAAUCAGCGAUACUCCUCGUGGUAAAUUACUCGAUUCGAUUUGCUUUGAUCCAGUUUCGGUAGAUGACGACCACGUGGUAACUGGCGUUAGAUUUAACAGGCACAAAAACACGAUUUACCUCGAACUACAGCAAGGAAAAUUAGAAAAUGGAAAAAUUGAUCCGAUUACUGUUAAAUGGAAGAUUUCUAAUAAGUGCAAUAAUUCAAAAAAAGUUAUAAAUUUUAGAGGUUCUUCUUACGAUGGUUUGAAAAUUAUUCUAGAGGAUAUUAUUUUUCCAGAAAAUAAAAUUGUUACAGGUGUAACAUUGGGUGAAUCAUUACGUGGACGAUACAUUAAUAAAAAUGGAACUAUUGAUACUUAUCAACCGGAAACAUAUAAAUGGACUCAAUGUGACAAUAGAACUUUCGACUUGGUUCAUACUUAUGAUGGUGAUAGUCAUGAUCUUCUACCGUCUACAUGGUUAAUGGGUACGAAUGAAGAACGCAGUGAAUCAUGCAAACAUCAUAUAUUAUUCGAUGGCACAUCGUACGUAUUUGAUGGAAUUCAAAAUGUUGUUCCUUACAUUGACUUACAAGAAAUAGUUACCGAUCCACCUCAACCAAUCCGUGGAAUCGGAUGGUAUUAUCGUGGGCAUGUUGGUUACGGAGGAUUCUUGGCUCUUAAGAUUUUCAAAUAACAAUAAAGUCAAAAUUUGAAUUUGAAAUUUUUCAAAUAUUACUUUCAGGAAAUUCAUUUUUGAGCUUGACGAGCUCAAAAGUCAUAUCAUAAAGAUUAUUUUUAUUUUAAUAGCUUGAAAUGAAAAAUUGGGUAAUUCCAAUAACAGAGUCAAUUACCGGUCAAUUUUUUAAAAUCAUAAUUUUUGUUAUUUUAGAAGUGAUUUUUAGGCAAUUAAAAAAUAAUUUGAGAUUUAUAAGUAGUAAUUACAUCAGUAGUAUCGAUAAUUUGUUAAAAAUAAUAAAAAAUUAAUUUUUUAAUGCUUUAUUUUAAACAUACUUGGUAUUUAAUCAAAUCUUCUCAUUAAAGUAGAAGCGAUCGAAAUUAAAGAAUGUAACGAUACACUAAUGAUAAAAAUGAUAAUUUCCAACUAUUAGUUUUUCUGUCGUCAUUGAUGAUAAUCACAUAUUGUAUAGUUUAUUAAUUAUAAAUUACAUACGUACGCGUGUAAUCUGUGCCAUGUUAUAGUAGAUAUAUAAAGUCUCUAAUUAAUUGUACAAACUAAUUAAUUAAAUUCAUCGAGUAUUUCACUUUCUACACUCUAUUCAUUCGGUCCUACAAGUGUCCAACUGCACAUUUUUCUCAAAAAAUUUUUUUUUUAAUUAUUAACGAAAAAAAUGAUGAUUAAUCAUUCUUAUUUAUUCAAUAUUACAAUAUUGAUGCUUAUCAUUAUUAUAAAAUUGAAUGUAUUAUCGGUAACAUCACAAUUAGUUCGUAAUACGGAAGAGAAUUCAAUUAUUUUCAAAGAUUUCAUCGAGCGAGCCAAUAAUGUGAAAUUUGAAGGCAUACAUGAGAUAUCUAUUAAUGAAGUGUUUUUGCGCAAUGAUACAUAUUGUUCUGGUAAAUGUGAUGGACUUGAUCUAGAAGGUAACCGUGGUGCAAUUUCUUUAGAAUAUCGUAAACUAUGUAGUGGAACUUUUCAGUACUGCUUGUUAGAUAGGGAAACUGAAGAACGGAAGAACGCGAAGAAAAGAUUUCAUGAUCUAAUAUUUUCUGCUUUCGCGGAUGGUAAUUUCGCGAUAAUCCGAGAAGUACAGCAACAAAUUGAUGAAGCCAAGCAAAAUAUUGAGCAUACUGGUAAUACUUGUAGAUGUUUAUGUGAGCGUGCUAAUCAUCAACAUAUCUAAAGACACUCUCUUCAAUGGAAGGUAAUACUAUCACUGAAAUAUUAGUACCAUCAUCUCUUGCGGUCGUCUACGUCUUCAAUAGGAACAAAUACUAAAUCUAAGUCAUGCAAACAUUAUGUAGUACUCAGAGCAAUUUCUAAAGCUGAUGAUGUGUAACAUGUUGUUCUGAAAGUCGAUUUACAAGAGAUUGCUUGGUACUUUCUCUUUCAGAAGAAUUAAUAAAUUAAAUUCA